AUCAGUUCAUAAUCAUUACAUCACUUUCUUUUCUUAUUAUAAUUUGAAUUACACACAAUGGAGCUUUCUGGAUUUGUCGAGCGUCUGAGGAGCGGUGCUGCCGCCAAGUUUCCCAGCGAUGCUAAUUCUCUCGACUUUGCCCGCCAUUUGGACUCGCAGGAUAAGCUAAGCCAUCUUCGGGAUGAGUUUGUCCUGCCUACCAAGAAGUCCCUCAAGAAGAAAGCCCUCGACGGUUCACUUCCUGGCGCAGCCAAUGGCACAAAUGGUCACAGCAACGGCCAUACCAACGGCCAUACCAACGGCUCAGCUGAUGAUGAUCAACAAUGUCUCUACUUCGUCGGCAACUCUCUCGGCGCUCAACCGAAAGCUGUUCGAGAAUAUCUCAACGCUCAACUCGAGACAUGGGCUUCUAUCGGUGUGAACGGACACUUCAGCGCCCUCGGCAACUCACCGCUUCCAGCAUGGCAAGACCUCGCUGAGGACUGCGCCAUCAAGUCGGCAGACCUCGUCGGUGCUUCUCCCCACGAGAUUGUCAUCAUGAACACUCUCACAGCGAACCUGCAUCUCCUCAUGGCGAGCUUUUAUAAGCCGAAUGAGAAGAGACACAAGGUUAUUUUGGAGUGGAAGCCGUUCCCUAGUGAUCACUAUGCUAUUGAGAGUCAAGUUGUUUGGCACGGUCUUGAUCCGGAGAAGAGCAUGGUUAAGAUUCAUCCUAAUGAGGAUCAUAUCAUCACAACUGAUUUGAUUCUUUCGACUAUUGAUGAGCAUGCUGAGGAUACGGCUCUUCUUUUACUCCCCGGUAUUCAGUACUACUCCGGUCAACUCUUCGACAUUCCCCGCAUUACAGCGUACGCUCAAGCAAAGGGCAUUGUCGUUGGUUGGGACCUCGCCCACGCCGCUGGAAACGUCGAACUCAAGCUCCACGACUGGAACGUUGAUUUCGCUUGCUGGUGCACGUACAAGUACAUCAACGCAGGCCCCGGCUCCAUCGCAGGUGCUUACGUCCACGAGCGCCACGGCAAAGUCGAGCUCAACGAUGCCACCGGCAAAGCCACGUACCGCCCGCGUCUCAUGGGCUGGUACGGCGGCGACAAGAGCGUGCGCUUCAACAUGGACAACAACUUCAUCCCCACCUCCGGCGCAGGCGGCUUCCAGCUCUCCAACCCGUCCGCCAUCGACCUCGCCAGUCUCUCCGGCGCAUUAUCAGUGUUUAACAAAACAACCAUGCACGACCUGCGCUCCAAGGCUUUGGUGCUAACAGCCUAUGCGGAGUAUCUGCUUGAUCAGAUCUUGGCCGAGUCGUCAGACGCUGAGCUGUUCCGCAUUAUUACACCGAGGGAUCCGCUGCAGAGGGGAACGCAGCUUAGUGUGUUGUUGAAGGAUGGGCUGUUGGAUAAUGUUAGUGCGGCGUUGGAAGAGAAUGCUGUGAUUUGUGACAAGAGGAAGCCUGGUGUUAUUCGUGUGGCGCCUGUGCCGCUAUACACGAGGUUUGAGGAUGUUUGGAAGUUUAUGCAAAUUUUGAGGACGGCUUUGCCUUAGAUGAAAAGAUAGAUAAUGAUUGUUAAUGAAAGC